AUGCCUGGAUGGUUCAAAAAGGCGUGGUAUGGGCUGGCGUCUGUGCUCAGCUGCUCCUCCUUCCUCCUGAUCCUCGCUGCCCUGGCGGUACCCCACUGGCUCAGUGGGAAAAUCCUUUGUCAGACUGGAGUGGAGCUGGUCAAUGCCACGGAUCCAGAGCUGGUCAAAUUCAUCGGAGACAUUUACUACGGGCUCUUCAGAGGGUGUAAGGUGCGACAGUGUGGGCUCGGUGGACGCCAGUCCCAGUUCACGAUCUUUCCUCACCUGGUGAAGGAACUCAACGCAGGCCUUCAUGUGACGAUUCUGCUGCUCCUCUUCCUGGCCUUGGCUCUGGCUCUGGUCAGCAUGGGCUUUGCCAUUCUCAACAUGAUCCAGGUCCCCUACCGGGCAGUCAAUGGCCCCGGGGGCAUCUGCCUAUGGAAUGUCUUGGCAGGUGGAGUCGUGGCUUUGGCCAUCUCCAGCUUCAUGGCCGAGGUGCAAUUUCACAACCUGACGGAGCGAAUUGCAAACUUUCAAGAGAGGUUCUUUAAGUUCGUGGUGUUGGAAGAGCAGUAUGAACAGUCCUUUUGGAUCUGCGUGGCUAGUGCUUCGGCUCAUGCCGCAAACCUGGUUGUGGUGGCCAUCAGUCAAAUUCCCCUCCCUAAGAUCACAACCAAAAUCGAAGAGGCCACAGUCACGGCCGAGGAUAUCUUGUAUUAA